AUGCCACGAAUCCCUUAUAGAUAUCCGGCGGCCGGCGCGGACCCGAUUGCCGAUGCCAUCCGAGAACGACGGGGAGCCCGAGGACUCACUCCACUAGACGGGUCGUUGCUCAAUGCGCCCGCCAUCGCCAACGGCUGGAAUACGCUGUUGGGAGCUACCAGGACCAAGAACUCAAUUCCCGAUGAUGUGCGAGAGAUGAUGAUCCUGCGUGUUGCCGCGCACAAUUCGGCCAACUUUGAAUGGAUCCAGCAUGCGCCUGUCGCUGAAAAGGCCGGCUGUACCACCGCGCAGCUGGCAGCGGUACGUGAUGUGCGAGCACCCUUGUCGACGUCCUCGGUGCUUAGCCCACUUGCAAAGGCCGCACUCGCGCUCGCCGAUGACAUGACCACCAAGGUCAAAGUUCAAGACUCAACCUUUGCGUUGCUCAAGUCGGCUUUCGCCAACAACGUCAAGGAGCUCGGCGACAGCGGCAAGCUAGAUGGAUUCGAGGGCGAAGAUCUAGUCAAUAGGAAGCUUGCAGAGGCUACGCUCACGGUGGCCGUGUACAACAUGGUGUCUCGUUUCCUUGUUGCUAUUGAUGUCGACGACCGUGCUAACACGCCAGUUCCGAAGCCUGAAGGCAGCGAGCACGUCCAAGAUCAAGCUACUCUCUCCCUUCCUGUCAAUGGACCCAGCUCAUCAGCAGGCAGAGGCCUCGUGCAGCUUCCAGAUGGUCAGCUGCUGAGCACGCGUGUCCAUUUCCACAGCAUGACAGCUCCCUGGAUCGUUCUAGUCAACUCGCUCAUGACCAACCUGAGCAUGUGGGAUGCCGUCAUUCCGGCACUUUCGUCACGCUUCAACAUUCUUUCCUACGACCAGAGAGGACACGGUAGUUCUGCUAUUCCUGCUGAGCCUUGCACGAUUGCACAGCUUUCAGAUGACGUCGCCUUCUUGCUGGAUAGUCUGGCGGUGAAGAAGGCGUAUGCGGUGAUUGGAGUGUCUCAGGGUGGUGCCACCGCCCUUUCCUUUGCGCUGCGUCAUCCAGACAGGUACGAGAAGCUGGUGGCUUGUGAUACGCAGCCAAGCACACCUGCUGCCAAUGUGGCUGCUUGGGACGAGCGCAUUGCCUUGGCUAGGAGUAAGGGAAUGGAUGAACUGGCGGCUGUCACGGUGCCACGAUGGUAUGGUCCUGGUUCGCAGGCUAGCGCAGAGUGCAGAGCAAGGACAGAAGAGAUGGUUAAGGCGACACAGGUAGAAGGCUUUGCCGCCGGUGCGCGCGCUCUGCAGAACUACGAUCUGAUUCAGGAUGGCAUUGUGGAGGCGUUCAGCAAAGCGUCUUCGAGUCGUCAUCUGCUCCUUGCUGGCGAAGCGGACGGCAAGCUUCCAGAAACGCUCCAAGCGUUUACUUCCAAGCUCGCCGAGGCGGGCGCCAACGCGGAGUUCGUCAGCAUCCCCAGCGCUGGACACUUGCCCAUGUGCGACAAUCCAGACGCUUGGCUCGAGCCUGUUCUUAAGUUUCUUGCCUGA